CGACACUCUCCACCACAUCGCCUUCUUCUUCCAUCUCCUCCACCUCCACAGGGACAUCGUGCUUGUGACUCCGUCGCAUAAUCAUGUCCGGCAGCACUUGCGUCUCCUUGGCUCGCUCCUCGGUCGCCGUUGCGCCGCCGGCACGGGUGGCGGAGGAGACCCGUUCCGACGGGAUGAUCACCAUCCAAAGUGACGAGGCGCCCAUGAUCCUGAGCAAGCCGAGGGCGGUGGUUCAGACAUUGACGUGCGAGCGCCGGCCCCUCGGCGAGGGCUUCGCCUACAGGAGGAGCAUUGGCGGGCCUGAGUUGGAGAGUUUGGAUCCUAUCCUUUCCUUCGAUGACUUUGAAUUCACGGGUCCAGCAAACUUUGGUGAUCAUCCACACAGAGGAUUUGAGAGUCUUACCUACGUACUUGAGGGCAGCAUCGGUUUCCAUGAUUUUUCAGGCCACAAGGGAACCAUCAAUACAGGGGAUGCGCAGUGGACGACGGUGGGGCGCGGGGUGGUGCACGCGGAGGUGCCGGCCGGACAGGGCGUGCAGAGGGGGCUCAACUUCUGGAUAAACCUCGCCGCCAAGGACAAGAUGGUGGCGCCAAGUUACCAGGAGCUGGCGAGCGUCGACAUCCCCACAGUUGAGAAGGACGGCGUGUCCGUCAAGGUCAUCGUCGGCGAGGCCCUGGGCAUGCGCUCGCCGAUCCAGACAUGCACCCCGGUCAUGUGCCUCGACAUCACCGUCGGCCCCGGCGCGCACCUUCACCAGGCAGUCCCCGCCGGCUGGAGCGCUUGCGCGUAUGUCAUCGACGGCGAGGCCAGCUUCGGGCCGUCGGCCAGAGCCACGCGCCAGCACGAGUGUGCUGUGUUCGGCGCCAAAGGCAACGCCGUGGACGCCCGGAGCGGCGAUGCCGACGCCUCGACCAGGUUCCUGCUGGUGGCGGCGCGGCCACACGGCGAGACGGUGGUGCGGGAGGGCUACUUCGUGAUGAACACAAGGGAAGAGUUGGAGCAGGCGAUGGACGACUAUAAGAACCACCACAACGGCUUCGAGAUGGCCGUUGGCUGGACCUCCGACCACGUCGCCAAACCGGCACAGUGAUCGGUUCCGAGUGUUGUUGCAACGAAAUUAAAGAGGGACGGGACUAGCUAGCAGCCGGCUGCUCGUUCGUGCGAUCGAGCGGCCUCCCGUUUGUUAUGAUCUUAAUAGGGCUCCUCUCAAUUCAAUACAACAGAUUCGAUGCAAUUUCUCUCCAACAUCGGAGUUACAGGAAACAAAUGGGAAACACAGAUAAUGAUCA